CGGCGGGCCACCAUACCUGGCUCCAACAUCACUCAUUCAUCUGGGGUCUUGCCAAAUAGCACUGCAUCUAUUACAUCCGCUCAACCACCAUGCGUCUGGGAACUCUGUCAUUGCUUGCUCUGGGUGCGACCACAGCUAGCGCGUACCGGGAUACUUCACCCUUUUUCCUGGCAUCGACCUCGGAGAAUCUUUCUACCUCCGCACAGCUAAAAACCGCAUCUUCACUGCUGGAAGAUCUAUCCUCUAAGCUCUCUGGUUGUCCUUCCGAUUACUAUAUUAUCGCUUCCCAGCCCGGUGUUCACAGCAACGACUUCUCCGCCCUCGAGUCCGCUCCCCGACUCGGCGCGAAGCUGACUGGCAAGGAUCGUAGCAUCCGAUCCAAGACGAUUCUGAACGAGGUUCUCGGGGUUCUAGACGCAACAAAGGUGCAAGAACUGAUUGAAGCGGAGUGCGGAGCCCAAUCUACCAUCAUCGACGCCUCCACUGGCACCUACUCUCCUGACUUUGGCGCUGCUCCCCGUAUUAUUCGCCUCGAUUUCUCGGUCCUUCCUCAAGGACCUGAGCGCCGCCUCCAGCUCACCGAUAAUGAUGGCCUUCUCUCCGAUGUCAUUGAUCGGUUACCAGACUCCAAGAAGUACACCAUUCUUUACAUUACUUCACCCAAGGAGAUUGUGAACCAUGAUGCUGGCGUUUAUCAAUCCGAGGAUGCAUCCUAUCAAGACCCUAUUCACAUGGAACUGAAGCGGGACUUCUCGGCCCACGGUCUCGAGAAUGAUGUCCCCUCGAACAAAACGCUUUUUCGUGAAUACCACUAUUUCACGCCAGGCAUUAUAAUGGGUCUGAUUGCCUCCAUUUUCUGUCUUCUUAUCUUGUAUGUUGGCCUCAGUGCACUCUUGAGCCUCGAAGUGCCCUACGCGGCAUUUGAGAAGGACACUGCCGCUAGUGUGCACAAGAAGCAGCAAUGAUUCGUUCUCGAUCACUUGGGCGAAUUUUACUUGAAGUUUGUCGACUCUUACUAGCUUUUGGUACCGUUCUUCUAGGCUCAGUAUGUUGUUCAAAUCUAAUGCAUAACUGUAUGCUGGCGUUUCAUCUUUGAUAUGCGAUCACUCGACGAUGACUCAUGAUGCUGUACGAAAGUGAUGGUUGCUAUAAAUAGGUGCAGUGUCUCUGGUGCUGGAUGUCAUAUACUGUGUAGGAUGAGGUCUUCCAGUGCAGCUACCUUAGGGCAUCAGAGCUUCUAAUCAAAUCCCAUAAACAUAGCACCGGUGUUACUAUCACGUGAGAGGUGAGAGUGUCGUACUGUGUGGCCUCAGG